AGAAAUAUAGAGGAAAUCUACUUCGUGAGUAACAAGGAGGUGAAAGAGAGGUAAAGGGAAAGAGAGAGAGAGAGAAAAAGAGAAAGAGAAAGAGUGAAGGCGAAUACGAGGGGCGGAGUGGGAGGAAAGCGAAAGAGUGAGUUUUGCCAGCGUGUAAAGUAGGGGGCAGCAGCGUUCUAAGAUGGCGGCCAAUGUUGCUGAAGGGAAGGAAGUGGAAAGCAGCCGUCACAUUGAUCAGUCUAACUACUCAGAAUCGGACUCUUUUAGUGGACAGUUAUCACCAGAAGAACAUCCUGAAGAUACACAGGAAACUACUGCUACUAAUGGAGACAGCAAUGACAAAGCUUCGGAUGAUAAUAACAAACAGCCAUAUAUAAUAAAGUAUUUUGAUCACCCUGUAUUGUCCACUGUAGAAGACAAAGUUGGUGAAAGUUUCAAUAUAAUUGAAGACAGUAACAUGACUGAGGAACAUGAUGAUGUUGAAGAGUCAGAACUACCACAACAUAUUUUAGAACAUGCCUCUGGGAUUUACAAUACUAUGAAAGAAAUUGAGAAACUCAUUGCUUAUGAAAAGGUGAUGGACGAGGGUGAAGAAAAAACUCAGUCCUCCAACCUACCUACAUUGGAUGCCAUUAGUCAUGCCUCAUUGAUUGGUCAUUGUCUGGCUGCUUAUGUAUCAACCUUAAGUGAAAGUCAUAUCAAAAGCAUCUCCUCCAAGAUUUUAUGUGACUGCCAGUUUAUGCUGACCCGCUUAUUCAAAUUUCCUGAUGCUUCUGCUUACUAUCACAAGGAAGAAUAUGAUGGCUUAGUGAAGGCUUGUAAAUUGGCUUUACAUCAGAAAUAUCCUAAAUACAGUACGGAGGGUUUUGAGGCCUUGUACUCACGUCCACCAGUGAUUUAUUUUAGUGCUGCUGCUCCUCCAAACCUUGGACAAAGUUUGUGUAUGCAGCUUGGUCUGCCUAUAUCCUGUAUCAGUACAGUUCCUUGUAACUCUGUCUCUGGAGCUAACAGUAAAAUGGAUGUGACUAUUUUUGAAAAGCUGAUAAAAGAUGAUAUUGCUGCAGCCAAAACGCCAGUUCUUUUGGUUGCUUAUGCUGGUACCCCUCUUACAGGGCAGGUUGAUGAGUUGAUUAAACUCUGGCAAAUUUGUAAUAAUAAUGGUAUUUGGUGUCAUGUUGAUGGAAACUGUCUAGCAUUUCUCACACUAACAGCAGAUCCAUUAACAGAACAACAUCCUAUACUUGCUGACAGUAUCACAGUGAAUUUGGGAAAAUGGUUGGGUAUUCUAUCCUUACAGUUAAUUACUCUUUACAAGUGUGAAGACACAACAAUGGCAUAUAUGGCUGGGAUGAAUUCAUUUAAUGUUGUAUCAAAGCUUUCCUGUUUACCUCUGUGGAUAUGUCUUCAAAGUAUGGGAUAUGAUGGAAUCAUUAAAAGAAUUGAAUCAUCCUUUCAUUUGUGUCAUUUAAUGUUGGAGAAAUUAAGAAAUUUACCAAACAUAAAGAUUGUUAAUAUUGCAAAGAAACAAGAUGAUGAAGAGAAGAAAGAUGAUGAAAACAAAGAUAUGCAAAAUAUGAUGGAUAUUAACUCUAAUCCUGUCACCCUGCUCUUUAAGUAUUCAGUAAUAGAAUCAGAUGCAGAAAAGGAAAUAACUCCGUAUGUGAUCAAAAGUUCUGAAGAAUCAAGUGAACAGGAGAAAGAACUGGCCUAUUAUGAUGCUCUAAAUACAUGGCUGGCUGAUUUAUUAUCCAGAGAAAAUCCACAGCUUGCUAUUACAGCUGCUAUUGUUGACAAAGGAGUUUGUAUUCGGUUCUCUCCCAUAGAAACUGCACAAGUGUCUGGAACAACUGAGGAAGCUGUUGAAGACUUCAUUUUGUCCCUUCAAACACAGACUGCCAUUCUUGAUGCUACUGUGUCACAUAGAAAACAGUUUCGAAAUAUUGUUGCUAAUUGUGAAAAUUUGAUGUUGAUUGAAAUGGAAGGCUACGCUGGUUUAGGUGCCAUAAGAUAUAUUCCAGCCAGCUGGACAGAAAAACUCGCAGAGUUACCAGAAAAUGGAAAAAAUGAUAUCAAUACAUUAAAUAUUGAACUGGUUCACAAACUGAAAUCUACCGACAGUGCAUUCUCACUUGGACAGUGUGCAGAUAACAUUGCAUGUGUGAAGUUUGGUCUUAUCACAGCAGACACAGAAAUCGAAGAAUUAGUUUCUCUGGUAGAAACUGUAGGAAAACAGCUUGAAGAAUCUUCCAAGUUUCUUGAAACAAUGUCUGAAAGGAUCUUAAAAGGAAUAGAAGAAGCUAGCAAAGAUCUUCAACGAGAAAACCAUGAACGUAUUAUACAAGAAGGUCUCCUUCGACAAGUGCCUUUAGUGGGUUCCCUUCUGAAUUGGUGGUCCCCUCCACCAAAAGAAGUACUCAAGGGAAGGACCUUUGAUUUAAGUUCAGGGCGGAUAAUUUCUACAGAAACAACAUAUAAAUAUCAUAUGCAGAUUCAGGAAGACAGUGAUAAUGCUAAGAAUGCAUCAUCAUUGCCGUCACCUGAUGUGGAUGAGCAGGCUGUACAGUUACAUGUGACAACGCAGCAUGUCGAUAGCACCCAUGACGCCACAUUGGAAGAUGGUGCUAGUGACAAACAUGAACAAUCUGUCAGUGAGGAUAAGGAUGAUGAUGCGGCAGCUAGUAAAGCUACAGAGGAAGAGUCAGGAAAUAGUGUACAAAAUAUUCCUUCACCUGGUGCUGAGACGACUUCAGAAGAAAAUCCCAUUGUAAAUACAGCAUCAGAACAAAUUACUACUACUACUACUGAAGGGGAGCUUGCUACAACAGAGUCUAGUGAACUAACACAGAAGUGAGCUGUGUGGAACUCUACAUGCUACCUUGGGUAUAUCUAUCUAUAUUACACAUAACAGGGUAUUUUAGGGUAUAUCUAUAUUGCAGAAUAUAGUUGGCUUCUAUACUAAGCAGCUGGAAAAUUUAAAAGUUAGGCAACUAAACUUAUAUAUAUAUAUAUAUAUAUAUAUAUAUAUAUAUAUAUGAUCAUUACUAUUUUCACCUGCAAUGUGCAGCUGUCCCAAUAUUUCUUUUUCAUUUUUCAUUUUUUUUUUUUUGGUCUUCAUUUUCUAAUUAGGUUCUUUAUAGGAAGUUUUUGUAACUGAAACAAUUAUCUGGAUGUUUUCGGUUUGUUAGCUUUGACAGAGCCACCUGUUUGUGUGUAUGCCAGUGUGUGUGUGUCUGUCUGUAUGUAUGUAUGUAUGUGUGUGUGUCUGUGUGUGUGUAUAUAUAUCGCCAGAGAAGCCACACACACAGGGUUGUUGUUAAGUGUGCAUUAUACAGCAUCUCUUCUUGCAAGGAGUGUGGAAAAAAUGUGUGUCAUAUAAAAAUUCACCAAAACAGUAUUGUACUAUUACAAGAGGCACCCAUCAUUGCCACGUCUGUGCAAAAGAACGUAAGUCCCUAUCAGGCUUGAUUAGCCACACCCGUGCUACCCACGUUUAAGAUACCAAUAAGGUGCAGGUGAUAGCAUUACUUGAAAUUGACUUCCAGCCAUCAAAUAUAUAUAUCCGCCCACACACAUUCAAUCACGCACGCACACACACACACACACACACACACACUUUUGUUGGUUUUGUUGGGGUCAGAAAACAUAAGAGUGUUGUAUACAUGCUUAUGAAAGUGAACAAUGUCGUGUGUGUGUGGUGAAUUAUGAAUCUGAAACAUUGCUUAUCAUACAGUUAGUUUCUCAUGUUAUCAUUACUGCAAUCUACAGGAGGUCACACGUAGACACAUAGACAUACAAACAUACAAGUAGACAGACCACUACAAAAAUAAAUACACAUACUUACUUUUUCUUACAGUAAUUAUUUUUU